AUGGCGACGGCUCUGCUUGGUGAAGUGCUGACAAAGCUCAAGCGCGGAGGUGGAGAUGGCCCUCUAAUCGAGUGUGGUCGCUGGUGGGACAUGUCUGCUCCCGCCAUCGUGGAGGCUGCCAAGGCCUUCUCGGACACGGCCCUUGAAACGUGUGCCAAGAUUGCGGCUGCCAAGGAGAAACCAACGUGGGACUCAGUGUGUGCGCUCAAGACUCAGCUCGAUCUGCAGUUCCACGUCCUCGACAGUAUCCUCACCUUCCCCCAGCAUGUCUCCACCAACGAGGAAGUCCGCAAGGCCGCCCGUGAGGCCGACAAGAUCCUCAGCGAUCUGCGCGUGGACAUCAGCUCCCGACACGACGUCUAUCUCGCCUUCCAAGCUUUCGAAGACACGAAACAGGAGCUGCACGGCGAGGAGAAGCGCUACCUGGAUCGAACGCUGCGUGACUACCGUCGCGUUGGUCUUCAUCUCGACGAGGAAACCCGCAACAAGGUCAAAGAGAUCAACAAGCGCUGCGCCACGCUGGGGAUUCAGCUCUCUGAGAACCUGAGCGAGGACAAGACGAAGCUGUACUUCACCAAAGAUCAGCUGCAGGGCAUGCCAGACGACUUCCUCUCCGGUCUCAACAACGACAGCGAGGGCAAAUUCGAGCUCACCCUCAAGUACCCGCACUACCGCCCCGUCAUGCGUCUCUGCCAGGUGCCCGACACGCGCAAGAGGAUGGAAAACGCCUUCACCUCCCGCUGCAUCGACACGAACACGCCCAUCAUUGAGGAGCUCGUCCGUCUCCGCCACGAGAAAGCGCAACUGCUCGGGUACAAAACACACGCGCAUUUCAUCACGGAGGAGCGGAUGGCGAAGACGCCUGAAACCGUUGUGGAGUUUCUCAAGGACCUCGGAAACAGGCUCACCCCGCUGCAGGACAAAGAGCUCGAGACGAUCAAGGCGCUGAAACGGGAGCAAGAGAGCAUCGCCGCCUCUGACGACGUCGCCCUCAACCCGUGGGACAUCAGCUUCUACCUCAACAAGGUGGAGAAAGAGCAGUUUCAGGUUGACCACCAGAAGAUCAAGGAAUACUUCCCCCUCGACACGGUGACCAAAGGCCUGAUGGCCAUCUACGAGGACGUGCUGUCACUGCGCAUUGAGGAGACAGCGGCGCUCGAGAAGUGGCACGACGAGGACAUGACAUUCAAGGUGAGCGACAAGGAGAGCGGGAAGCUGCUCGGGUAUUUCCACCUCGACCUGCACCCGCGCGAAGGGAAAUACUCCCACGCCGCGUGCUGGGGCCUCCAGCCGUCCUGCGCCACAGCCGAUGGUGGUCGCCUUGUCCCCGUUGCGGCACUGCUGUGCAACUUCAGCCGCCCAACGGACAGCGCCCCGGCCCUCCUCCUCCACGACGAGGUUGAAACGUUCUUCCACGAGUUUGGGCACGGCAUGCACCAGCUCUGCUCCCUCGCGCAGCUCGCCAUCUUUGCCGGCACCAAGGUCGAGCGCGAUUUCGUCGAGCUCCCGUCACAGAUGCUUGAGAAUUGGGUGUGGGAGAAGGACGCCCUCCUGCGCAUGUCCGCCCACUACCAGACUGGCGAGAAGCUCCCAGAUGAGCUGAUCUCGGCGCUGAUCAAGUCGCGUGUUGCAAAUGCGGGCAUCCUCACGAAGCGGCAGAUCCUGUACGCCACCUUCGACCAGACCAUUCACUCCCAACCAGAGGUAAACACGGCCGAGCUGUUUGCGGAGCUGUGCACUGAGAUUUGCCGCUACCCCGCCAGCCCCAACACCAACUUUGCAGCCUCCUUCGGGCACCUUGCCGGCGGCUACGAUGCGCAGUACUACGGCUAUCUGUGGAGCGAGGUGUUCUCUGCGGACGUGUACGAGACGAGAUUCAAGGGUCACAUCUUCGACACCGCCAUUGGUCGCGAAUACCGUGAGAAGUGGAAGCAAGCAAGUCAGCAAGCAAAGAAGAAGAACAAGAAGUAA